CGACGGGGUUUUCCCUCCCUCGGUCCGGCUUUCUCAGGCUUGGUUUUUAAUUCCCUCGGUUUCCUGUUCCGGAGGCGCGGGCGGCGCCACUGUCUUGGCGGCUGCAGUGUUAACCUGUCUUUGCUCUGGCGGCGAUCUCGGGACCUGAGAACACUUCGUAGGAUGCUCUGCCAAGGGCUGUGAAAGACACAGAAAUGACUGAAUCAAGCCCUGUCAGCCGAGAGCUAACCAUCUGGUGCAGGAGUUAGACAUGUGCACACAGGACUAUACUAUGUGGCAGACUCAGAGCGUAUAGUUCCUGUGGAAGAUGUGAUGUGUCUGGACAGUACGUCAUGAUGCAAGGCAGUACGUGUCACAGAAUGUCAUUCCACCCGGGACGAGGAUGUCCACGUGGACGAGGAGGCCACGGAGCCAGACCCUCAGCGCCCACCUUUCGGCCGCAAAAUCUGCGCCUGCUCCACCCCCAGCAGCCGCCCGCGCAGUAUCAGUACGAACCGCCCAGCGCCCCUGCCACCACCUUCUCCAGCUCGCCGGCCCCCAGCUUUCUGCCCCCACGGACGGACUUCGUGCCUUUCCCUCCGCCCAUGCCUCCGUCAGCGCAAGGCCCUCUCCCGCCCUGCCCCAUCAGGCCGCCUUUCCCCAGCCACCAGAUGAGGCACCCCUUCCCCGUGCCUCCCUGUUUCCCUCCCGUGCCGCCUCCCGUGCCCUGCGCCAGCACCCCGCCGGUCCCCGGCGCCCCUCCGGGCCAGGGCGCCUUCCCCUUCAUGGUGCCGCCGCCCUCCGUGCCGCAGCCCCCGCCCCCGCCGACCCUGCCGCAGCAGGUGAGCUACCAGUGCCCGCCGGGCUACGCGCACCACAGCUUCCCGCCGCCGCCCAGCUUCAACGGCUUCCAGAGCAGCCCCAGCGCCUUCCCGCCCAGCGCCGGCACCGGCGGCGGCCCGCACUUUCGGCACCUCCCACCCUACCCACUCCCCAAGGCCCCCAGUGAGAGGAGGUCCCCGGAGCGGCUCAAGCACUACGACGGGCACAGGCACCGAGACCACAGCCACGGGCGAGGCGAGAGGCAUCGGUCCCUGGAUCGGCGCGAGCGAGGCCGCAGCCCCGAUCGGCGCAGGCCAGACAGCCGCUACAGGUCCGAUUACGACCGGGGCAGGACGCCGUCUCGCCACCGCAGCUACGAGCGCGGCAGAGAGCGGGAACGGGAGAGACACAGGCACCGGGACAACCGAAGAUCACCAUCUCUGGAAAGGUCCUACAAAAAAGAGUAUAAGAGAUCUGGAAGUCGCUCCCCAAGUAGGGAGAAGAAGAGAGCCCGUUGGGAGGAAGAAAAAGACAGAUGGAAUGACAACCAGAGCUCCGGCAAAGAGAAGAAUUACACGUCAAUCAAAGAGAAGGAGCCAGAAGAGACGUUGCCUGACAAAAAUGAGGAGGAGGAAGAAGAGCUGCUUAAGCCUGUGUGGAUCCGAUGUACCCAUUCUGAAAACUACUACUCCAGUGACCCCAUGGAUCAGGUGGGGGAUUCUACUGUGGUUGGAACAAGUCGGCUCCGCGACUUAUAUGACCGAUUUGAGGAAGAACUGGGGAGCAGGCAAGAGAAGGCCAAGGCUGCCAGGCCUCCGUGGGAACCUCCGAAAACGAAGCUAGAUGAAGACUUAGAGAGCUCCAGUGAAUCCGAAUGUGAAUCCGAUGAGGACAGCACUUGUUCUAGCAGCUCUGACUCCGAGGUUUUCGACGUCAUUGCAGAAAUCAAGCGCAAAAAAGCCCACCCUGACCGACUUCACGAUGAGCUGUGGUACAACGACCCAGGCCAGAUGAAUGAUGGGCCACUCUGCAAGUGCAGCGCAAAAGCCCGACGCACAGGAAUUAGGCACAGCAUUUAUCCUGGAGAAGAGGCCAUUAAGCCCUGCCGCCCCAUGACCAACAAUGCUGGCAGACUUUUCCACUAUCGGAUUACAGUCUCCCCUCCUACAAACUUUCUAACCGACAGGCCAACGGUUAUAGAAUAUGACGAUCAUGAGUAUAUAUUUGAAGGAUUUUCUAUGUUUGCACAUGCCCCCUUGACCAAUAUUCCACUAUGUAAAGUCAUCAGAUUCAACAUAGACUACACGAUUCAUUUCAUUGAAGAGAUGAUGCCCGAGAAUUUUUGUGUGAAAGGGCUUGAACUCUUUUCACUGUUCCUAUUCAGAGAUAUUUUGGAAUUAUAUGACUGGAAUCUUAAAGGUCCUUUGUUUGAAGACAGUCCUCCCUGCUGCCCAAGAUUUCAUUUCAUGCCACGUUUUGUAAGAUUUCUUCCAGAUGGAGGAAAGGAAGUGCUGUCCAUGCACCAGAUUCUCCUCUACCUCCUGCGGUGCAGCAAGGCCCUGGUGCCCGAAGAGGAGAUUGCCAAUAUGCUUCAGUGGGAGGAACUGGAGUGGCAGAAAUAUGCAGAAGAGUGCAAAGGCAUGAUUGUCACCAACCCUGGCACGAAACCAAGUUCUGUCCGCAUCGAUCAACUGGAUCGUGAGCAGUUCAACCCUGAUGUGAUUACUUUUCCGAUUAUCGUCCACUUUGGGAUACGCCCUGCACAGUUGAGUUAUGCAGGAGACCCACAAUACCAGAAACUGUGGAAGAGCUAUGUGAAACUUCGCCACCUCCUCGCAAAUAGUCCCAAAGUCAAACAAACUGACAAACAGAAGCUGGCACAGAGGGAGGAAGCACUCCAGAAAAUACGCCAGAAGAAUACAAUGAGGCGAGAAGUAACAGUGGAGCUCAGUAGCCAAGGAUUCUGGAAAACUGGCAUCCGUUCUGAUGUCUGUCAGCAUGCAAUGAUGCUGCCUGUUCUGACCCAUCAUAUACGCUACCACCAAUGCCUGAUGCACCUGGACAAGUUGAUAGGAUAUACUUUCCAAGAUCGUUGUCUGUUACAGCUGGCCAUGACUCAUCCAAGUCAUCAUUUAAAUUUUGGAAUGAAUCCUGAUCAUGCCAGGAAUUCUUUGUCUAAUUGUGGAAUUCGGCAGCCCAAAUAUGGAGACAGAAAAGUUCAUCAUAUGCACAUGCGGAAAAAAGGAAUUAACACCUUAAUAAAUAUUAUGUCGCGCCUUGGCCAAGAUGACCCAACUCCAUCAAGGAUUAAUCACAAUGAGCGGUUGGAGUUCCUGGGUGAUGCUGUUGUUGAAUUCCUGACCAGCGUCCAUUUGUACUAUUUGUUUCCCAGUCUGGAAGAAGGAGGACUGGCAACCUACCGAACGGCCAUCGUUCAGAACCAGCACCUAGCCAUGCUCGCCAAGAAACUUGAACUGGAUCGAUUUAUGCUGUAUGCUCAUGGCCCUGACCUAUGUAGGGAAUCGGACCUUCGACAUGCAAUGGCUAAUUGUUUUGAAGCAUUAAUAGGAGCUGUUUACUUGGAGGGAAGCCUGGAGGAAGCCAAGCAGUUAUUUGGCCGCUUACUCUUUAAUGAUCCGGACCUUCGCGAAGUCUGGCUCAAUUAUCCUCUCCACCCACUCCAACUACAAGAGCCAAAUACUGACCGACAACUCAUUGAAACGUCUCCAGUUCUGCAGAAACUCACUGAGUUUGAAGAAGCAAUUGGAGUGAUUUUUACUCAUGUCCGACUGCUGGCAAGGGCGUUCACACUGAGAACUGUGGGAUUUAACCAUCUGACCCUAGGCCACAAUCAGAGGAUGGAAUUCCUGGGUGACUCAAUAAUGCAGCUGGUAGCCACAGAGUACUUAUUCAUUCACUUUCCAGAUCAUCACGAAGGACAUUUAACUUUGUUGCGAAGCUCUUUGGUGAAUAACAGGACACAAGCGAAGGUGGCAGAGGAGCUGGGCAUGCAGGAGUACGCCAUCACUAACGACAAAACCAAGAGGCCCGUGGCUCUUCGCACCAAGACCUUGGCAGACCUUUUGGAAUCAUUUAUUGCAGCGCUGUACAUUGAUAAGGAUUUGGAAUACGUUCAUACUUUCAUGAAUGUCUGUUUCUUUCCACGAUUAAAAGAGUUCAUUUUGAAUCAGGAUUGGAAUGACCCCAAAUCCCAGCUGCAGCAGUGUUGCUUGACACUUAGGACAGAAGGAAAAGAGCCAGACAUUCCCCUCUACAAAACUCUGCAGACGGUGGGGCCAUCCCAUGCUAGAACCUACACUGUGGCUGUUUACUUCAAGGGAGAAAGAAUAGGCUGCGGAAAAGGACCAAGUAUUCAGCAAGCAGAAAUGGGAGCUGCAAUGGAUGCACUUGAAAAAUAUAACUUUCCCCAGAUGGCCCAUCAGAAGCGGUUCAUUGAACGGAAAUACAGACAAGAGUUAAAAGAAAUGAGGUGGGAAAGAGAGCAUCAAGAGCGGGAGCCAGAUGAGACUGAAGACAUAAAGAAAUAAAGGAGGGCACGGAACUGGUGGUGUGUUUACUUGCCUAAUAACUGUGACUGCUGCCCAUUGAGACCUAGCCUAGUUUUCCUGCAGACAAUGAAUGAAGUGUGCCCAUUGAAAUAAAACCCAGUGUCAAAUCACCAUUGUUGUUUUACUGGUCUAAUAUUCUGUUGUUAGCUGGAUGGUCUUUGUUACAAAGUGUUUUAUUUCUCUUCUGUUUAAUGGAAAACUUGACUUCGGUGGGUAUGCGUUUUUCCCUUUUAUUUUGCUUUCGAACAAUAAAAUUCAAGAAAGCAUAUUGUCCGUGGAAUAGAUCCUGUAUUUUCUCACUGUCUCAGAUUGUGAGCCCAGACUUUCAGCUGAGAAGUGAAAAAUUCACUUUGUCAGGUAUUUUGACUCCCUUCUAGAAAUCUUUGGAUUAUUUGCUAGAUUUUCAGCUUUCAUCUGGAUGUUUGUCAAGUUCUCAGCUGCAUAUAUUGAAUUUACCACUUUCCAAGCAGUGAGUCCUUUGUGGAAGGAAUCUGUUUAAGGUUUAAGUGGCUAAUAGGCGCGGGGGAGGACUGAUGUUUGAGUCACACAUGUUCUUUGAAUCACUGGAAUGGGGAAGCAGCCAUGAUUCUGAGUCAGACCCCCCUUUAAACCUGGAGUCAGCAGGCCCUCUAUGAAGUUUAGACUGCAGGGAUGUCUCAGAACCUCAUGAAAUGCUAUUCAAUUGUAUGUGCCUGGUGGGGACUUGGGGAGGGGGGAGCAAAUAGAGGAGGGGUCGGCACUUUGAUCAGCUUUUCUAAGUGACCCCUGCAGAAAAGGGCUAACAUUACAUUAAAGAUGUAACAUUUAAAGUGAAACAUUAUUUUAAAUUAAACAUCAUUGUUAUUAAUAAAGGCAAAACUUUGUAACACAA